AUGAACAUAAACUUACACAACUCAUUUGAAAAGAUAAUAAACCACUUCCAAGACUACUGUGACAAUCGUAGCCGCCUAGCACAAAAGGACGUGUCACCAUUCUUUGGACCAAAGUCAUGCACUCCAUUGGAGAACUCAGUCCUAUGGAUCGGUGGCUGCGGACCAUCUUCUUUUAUACGUCUCAUUUACGCUCUCAGCGGUAUGGAAAUUGAAUCUCAUCUCACUGAGUUGCUUCAGGGGAUCAAAACUGGCGAAUUUCACGGGUUAACGAUAGAACAAAUGACCAUAAUCGACAAGCUGCAGACCAAGACGAUUCAACAAGAGAGGAAGCUUUGUUCCAAAUUGGCUAGCUUGCAAGAAGACAUAGUGGACCAGUCACUAGCCAGCAAGAUGAUGAAAGAUCAUGAGAAUGCAGAUGAAGAUUUAGAUAAGCAUAGCCACAAUAUGGCAACAGUAAUGGAAGAAGCUGAUAAGUUGAGGAUGAAAACACUGAAGCAAAUUGUGAGCAUACUUACACCGGCUCAUGUAAUAUAA